CUUCAGUCUUAGUGCAGCGGUGCGCGAGGCGGUGAGCGGAGGUGAGCGGAAGUGGCGGGAGUGGUCGUCUGCCAUGGUGGAACGCGGGCACCUCUCGUCCUUCCAGUGGACGCGCUUGACUGCGGAGAUCCUGUGGGUGAUCUUCUUGCUCAUUCCCCAUGGACUUCUGCUCUUGCUCCGGGCCAUGGGCUUCUUCCUGCCCAAGCAAAAGAAAAUGGUCAAGAAAGUCGUUUUGGUGACGGGCGCGGGCCAGGGGCUGGGCCGCGAGCUGGCGUUCGAGUUCGGGCGGCUGGGCGCGACGGUGGUGUGUGUGGACCAGAACGCGUCGACGGCCGAGGCGACGCGGCGGCGGCUGCGCGCGGAGCUGGCGAGCGCGCGUGCCUUCGCGUGCGACGUGUCGGACCGCGCGCAGGUGCGCUCGCUGGCGCAGCGCGUGCGCGCAGAGCUGGGCGCCGUGGACGUGCUGGUGAACAACGCGGCCGUGCUCAACCUGGCCGAGGCCGACGGCGCGGACGGCGCGCAGCAGAUAGAGCGCAUGGCGCGCGUCAACCUGCUCUCGCACGUCUGGAUGAUCCAGGCGUUCCUGCCAGACAUGCUGGAGCGGGGCGAGGGUCACGUGGUGGCUAUCUCGUCCGCCUCCGCGCUCUUCGGCCUGGGCGACGCCGUCACCUAUUCCGCGUGCAAAGCGGGCGUCGCAGCUUUGAUGGAUGCCUUCUCCGACCAACUUCGAAAAGCAGGAAUGAAAAACAUUCACACGACAACGGUAUUUCCUUACUUUCUUCGUACUCCACUGAUAGAGGAAAUAGCAACUCUAAGAUUUCCUCCCAUGGAAGUACGCCCAGUGGCCGAACAGAUCGUGAAGGGCAUUCGCGAGCACGAACGCUCGUUUACUAUUCCGCGAUCUCUGGGGCUGUACACGGCCAUUUCGAGGUUGUUACCCCAGCAUUUGGCGGACAAGUUGAGAGCAAUAUUUUAUGUACGCUUGGACGCAAAGUACAACGAACUUGGAAACAUAAGGUAAUCACGUUUCGUACCCGGACCUCGGCCAUUUCAUCAACGUAUUUAUAGUGGGGUCGUUACGUCUUGCCUGCUUUACGCACCGUUCGUGGGGUAACUACGCCACGAAUCUCGCCGCUCUCGCUGCACCGCGUGCACCGCCGCGAAGAGGACAACGACCAUCCUACGAUGUGAACUUCGAGGACAACGCAAGGGGAUGCCGUGCAGCAGUCUUAGUUUUAUGCAAUUGACCACUCAGCAGUGAUAUUUUAGAUACUCUUUUUUAUGACUACUCGAUAAUUUUUAAGAUUGUAUCCUUUAAUAAAUUGUAUUUUAAUAUUCA